UACGAAGUUUCUUCGGUGUAUCCUGUCGUCGGUUGUUCAUAGAACCAAUGGACUGUUUUGUUUCUCACGAUCAGUAUCAAUCAUUGCGAUAUUGCAAUUCGUAUCGAUCUUAAUUCGUGUUUGCGGAUCGGUAUCAUUUUCCUUUUUAAGUGACGGUCGCUUCCUCUUGUAGGAAAAUAAAUCAGAAGUUUAAUAAAUAGUAAUCAGACAGUGAUUUUGGUAAUUUUGGUUGAUCGCAGACCGUUGUGCCUUCCAAUUAACUGGAAUAAUUUUGCGUGCAAGCGUACAAGUGAAAGAUCUGAGCGUGCAUUUCUGGAAUAAUACAUUCGACUCCUGCGAACUUUAAUUAAAUUCUCUCGGAGCGGCAUUGUCUUCAUUAUCACCGCUUCAUGAGCCCAUAGAAAAAGAACAAGAGAGUAGAAACACGGAUCAAGAACAGCACAGCGUGUCCAAAAGGUGCUUGCUGCCGCAUGUGCCGACUAGUCUAUCUACUCUUCGUUCACUUGUUAUUUCCUCCUUCCUUCCUUUCACAUUUGCUAUCUUACUUACGCGUAUUACUUCCUAGUGCUGUGUCUACACGUAAUCCGCGAAACACGGUUAAUUAACAUUGUUUAAUUUACACGGCGUGCAUUCGUGACGUUUAGGAUGCGCUACAGUUGAAGUAAUUGAUACAGAACUUGCCAUUUGUGCUUUUCAACAUUGCAAAAGUUUAAAUACAUCGGAAGAAUGGAGACCGAAGAAUUAAUCAAAUUGGUUGAUGGAAUAUACAAGAAUAUUUUGGAGAAAUUCAAUCCGGGUGCUCGACAAAUGAUAAAUGCAGGAAAAGCUUAUCUAAAAGCUCUACAUGGUGCCGCAGCCGCAUCCCGUCUCUACGUCGACGCAAUUACAAAACUUGCACGUCAGGCACAGCAGGGUACAUGGGGAAGUUCAUCUGACAUAGGUUCAGCAUUAAUAAAAGUUGUCGAAGUUUAUAAAGAAAUUCAAGACCAACAAAUGAACAUUCUAGGUCUACCUAAGAAAUCGAACUUGAACGUCACGAAUUUUAUAGCAUUACGAAGCCAAAGUGCUUUUCGACUGUAUAAAUUAUUGUCUCAUUGUUAUUCUGUGAAGUCCCUAAAAUUGUACGUUCCACAUUAUUGUCCUUUAAAUGACAUUUCCCUCUCCUUAUUACAGAACAUGCAAGUGUUAGAGGAGGAAAAGACAAAGCUGGACGCGUUCUGCGAGCAGAGCUUAAAGAGCGCCAUGACACAGGAACGGAGGAGAUACGGGUUUGUUUUGGAAAGGCAAUGUUCCCUCGCCAAACAUUAUCUGUCGUAUUACUCCCACGGUGUGGCGGUCUAUCAACAGAACUUGGAAAAAUGGCAGGAAGUCGCCAAAACAAGAGAAUACCUUCCGGAACCCGUGGAAAACAUUUUUACCAACAAAAUAAAGCAAGUUUCAAUUUGGCAAGACGAAGAUUUAUAUUCGAAUCCUCGCAGUCCUAAUCUGGAAGAGGACAGAAUUAGCAUCAACUCACAACUUAGAAAAACAAAAAGUAUGGACGCAUCUUGCCUCGAUAUAAGAUCGAUAGAAGAAGCGGCGUCACCUGUUACAACACUCAACAGGGCUAAGUCAGAUCACAACAUAAAUUCGUCAACACACUCUGCACAAGGGAGCAACAGUCCAUCUCGUCGACCAAGAUCGGUAGCUGUUCCAAAUCCAUCGUCUGCUCCCCAGUGGGAAACGCACUUAGCCAGGGCAAUGUACGCAUAUCUAUCAAGUGGAGAAAAUCAAUUGAGCUUCCUCGAAGGCGACAUCAUCGCGUUGAUCGGGGAAAGAACUAAGGGAUGGCAGUUUGGCGAAAACCUAAGGACGCAAUGUAGCGGCUGGUUCCCUAUGGCCUAUACCGAAUUACUGGACGAUUCCAUUAUAUCUCCAAAGCACAGAUAUGAGGUGAACGAAUCCCAUUCCGGACAUAAUACGUCUUCAACGGCUCAAACACCAAACACGCAGUACCCAACGUCAGGACAACACACCGGUAACAACACGUUAGAAAGCUCAACACCCCGUAUGUUUGGCGAUACGUUGCAUAUCCACAGAUCAUCUGCUAAUGCUAAACAGAUUCGUCGUGCGAUCGCUUCUAAUAACAUUCCACCCCCAGCACUUCCGGCACCAAUACCGACCCCGUCCCUUCCCUACGACAAAACGUCGCUCGUUCAGUCGCACAGCACAACGUUUAGUUCGAGAACGAAUCCCGACACGGGAUAUUCCCAAACGGGAAUGAAAACAUCUACAUCCAAUUUCAACUUUGCCAGUUCGCACCCUUCCACGUACCCCAUGCACCCUAUCAAUACGAGAUUAGACAAACCAACAGGUAUAUCAUCACUGCCGUUACAUCUCCAAGGGAAAACCAACAAGAGUGCCGCACCAGUUGGCAACGUCUCCCUUCAUAGUAGCAAUGAUUCGGGUUUUAGCAAUGAUCCACCUCCACAACCCGAAGUUGACUAUUCCGACGACGAGUCGCUCCAUGGUCAAACGAAACUGUCCACGUCCAGAAAGCCGAAAUCUCGUUCAAACAAUGAUAGAAGCCAUAAACCCAUCAGAAAACCAAAUCUUAUCAGGCCUUCUAAUAGCGCAGGAAAUCUGGUACAGACCCGAUAUUCCCUUUCUGAUGACCAACUGUCGUUGUUGAAAUCUGACAGUGAGAAAAAAGGUUUUGUUAAAAGGACCAAGUCAUUUUGGAAAUUUGGUAAAGGAAACGAAAACGAAGUUUUAGAGGGAAUGUCGAUGUGGAAACACAAAGAUUUAGUUGAAGUGGAGGACAAACCUCCAGUACCAAAAGCCAAGAGAAAUUCGUCAGAGAAACGGAAAGAUUCAGAAAGGUCAGUUCGCAAAAUGAGCCGUGACAGAUCCAAUGAUUCUGAACGAACAAUGCAAGCAAACGAAGAAAACGAGGAACCCACAGAGAGGAACAAACCUGAUCAAGGGCGGAAACCUGAACCUCGAAGACGUAAACGGAGCUUCAAUCAAAACUUAACCCAUAACCCCAAAAAGUCCACAGACCGCGAAAACCGCUACGACAAGAAGGGAAAUCCACAAACAAACGGAGAAUUUUACGAUGAUGGCGAUGGCCUUCUGUUGAGAACAGUUAACAGAAAGAACAUUCUACAACAAUACAGCGAUUCUAUCGGUUCAGAAUCGGGAAGCGAAUCAGAAGAGACAAGCGACCCUUACGACUGCAUCGUCGUCGACGAUCAGAUGAAAAAAGUGAGAAAAAACAAAGAAAAGAUGACUAACGUAGCAGCCAUCGGCAAGAAAUUAGAAAAGCUUUCGAAAUCAUCCAAGUAUCCACCGGGAAACAACGGGAUAUCCAAUAACAAACCGAUUGACGAGAGUGAACGAAAUAUAAUGAGCGACGUGGAAUUACGUAACAGAAACAACAAACUGGAAAAGUCCAACAGCGAUAGAUAUGGAAGAAAUGAAAGGCAUUCUUUCAAAACUUUUGGACGGGAACAACAAAAUGGAGUAGUUAAAGAAGCGAAUCGUACUAUAGACAGAAGACACCGGAGCACCGAGGAAGAGAAUGAACCUCAAGAAGAGCGACGAAAAUACUACAGCAACCAUCACCAGAAACAGUACCAUCACGUUAAUGAUGAGAAUCGAAUGAGGUCUAGCUACGAAAGUAUCAAUUCAGAAGUCGACGAAGAAGAAACGAGACGAUACCGUAGCGAUUCAGAAAACGAAACUUCCGGCGAUUUCACUGAUAGGGAUCACCACGAGAGUCCUUCACGUCAAUAUUCUGAAUCUGGACAGUACUUUCCACGGUCAAAACUUUCCAAAACCAACAGUAACGCUUCCAACAAACGUAACGACGAUGAGAGCCUCGUGAGCUACGGCGAAUCCUUACAAAGACGAUUAAAAUCUCCCGAUCGUAGUUCAAGAUAUGACGAAAAAUCACCCCACACGGGAAACUUGUAUGGUCCAUGGUAUGACCUUUGGGGCUUAGACGCAUCAGCCAGAAACGAGAACAUUCACAUGAAAUAAACUUGCACGUCAUCCACAUACUCCUCCGCAUGUAUUGUUCUACGUCAUUCAGUCCCUGUUUCUUUAAUUGUUGUCCAUGUUUUGUUGUGUAGUCGUCUGUUUGCUUGCUUGUUUGUUUGUUUAUUUGGCCUGGUGACGUAACUUAAGAGCCUUUGGCGUUUUAGGACGGAAGUGUUCGCAACAAUUAAAGUGAGGAAGAACAGAAGCACCGAUAGGUCUUCGUUAGCUUUGGAGUGAAAUGAACAAUAGAGCAAAUUGUAUUAUCUAAUCAAACGUUAUCGAUAUUAUCUAGUCCAUUUGUUAAAAAUAAUUAAUAUUCAUCGUUAUGGAAGAAGGCUAUGGAUACAUACAUUUAGUAAAGAUGUUUAAUUUAUGGGUUAUUUAGUUAUUAAUCAUUACCAUAUUUGAAUAUUUAAUUGGGUAACCCAAUUAUAUUUAUUUGGCUUGUAACGUAUCUGCCUGGAUUAUUAUUCCUUUUUUUUGUAAAUGUGGUUAAUUUGGGCAAUUUCGGAUAAUGUAUAUAAAUGCUGGGGCAUUAUGUAGAAUAACCGAAGUAGGUUUAACACUAAUUUUAAAGGUCACAUUUCGUAAAUGCUAAUUUAUUACAUUGCGCGGUCAUUAUGAACAAUGUGAGUAAUCACUUGGUUACACAUUUUGAUCACAUUGCCCAAAAUGCAAUGUAACAUUUAUAAUCCUGUUCAAGAAUGAUAAAAAAAGCCGUAAUUAUUUAAUAUCUGCAUGUAUUCGAUCAAAGGAUUCUUUAGUUAAUAAUUUGGAAACAAACGCCAAACUUUACCGUAAUUAAUUACUAUUUGUUAUGAUGGAAUGGGUUACCAUUAUCUUCUCUUAAAUAUAGCCUUUAACAAAUAUUUUCGAUCUUUUUAGUUCAUUUAUUGCCUUUUUCACACAGAUUUUAUGCGUUUACUAGUAUUUCUAAAUAGAUUUAGAUAACUGCAUUUUGUACAUUGUAUAGUUGCUUUGCUUGAUUGCUUCGAAAUAAUUUAUGAUAUGUAUUUAAUAAACAAUUUAGCAUAACUAUAAUAGACUCGUGUAAAAUGUGUAUAAAAUUGUUCUUCCAAAUUCUUUAUUAUCUACGGAUACUUAUGUUAUUCGGAUACGUCUCUCUGUCUGCCUGUCACAGUUAAUUAUUUUACGUAUUCUAUUUUACAAACUAAAUUUUGAAGAAAAAAUAUAAUAACAAUUGUAGAUUUUAUCACUUUUGAAAAAGUCUAUAAUUUUUGGUUGAGGUACUUUAAGAUGUCAUGGGCCGAGAGGCAGAACCUCAUAUUGUACAUUUCAAAAACAUUGACUCGUCUGUUAACCGUGUUCUUACACAUACAAUUACGAAAAUGCAGUUUCAGAUAAACUGGAAACAAUAGCGGACAAUGUCAUAACCCAUGAGAUUCUGAAUUACCUCUAGCAACUGUGUUAGCAAAAUACAGGUACUUACACGAGCGAUAUGUAAAUAUAGAUAACUUUUGGUGGUUGGGAAGGUGCAAUAACCCAGUACUGGAAAUGUCCUGCCAUUUUUCUUCUUUUCUGUAGUAAGAAAAAUAGAUUUAUAAAUAGGGCGUUGUCAUUUUCGACUGUGAUAUUCCUUAGAGCGCAUCGUUGCAUGGAAAGCCCGUAAUAACGUUAGGAUCUUCGAAUUCAUCACUUCUGCUAAACUAUCACAGGUUCAAUUUUCAUCCUUUUUCUGACUUUUGUAUAUACGAUAUAAAUAUUGCCACACAAAUAAUAUAUUAUAAUAUAUAUGUUUACGUUACUGUAAGAAUUGUUUAAUCUAUUUGUACUUAUAAUAAAUAAUUAAUCGUCAUAACUGUUGUCGAAAUAUUAUUUAAGUUUUAGAGUUAGGUUAGCACCCACUACUUUAUUUACCAUUGUUGAUUAUUAUCAAAAUGUUAUAAACCGUCCAUUUUUACCAUUUCAUUCAUUUUAUAACUUUGUACAUUUUAUCCAGCCUAAUAAGUAUACAAUAUUAUUAUUAACCUGUAAAUCAGGAUUUUAUGUUUUUAAAUCUUACAUGUUGUAAUUCUUAACCAAUAAAUUUUGUUUAAAGUAAA